UGACGAUAACAACUCGUUUGCUUCAUGCAGAUACUGCCAUGAACAGCGACAACCUCGCCCGCAUCGCUGGGCGUAUCUAUCGAUACAUCAGAGACCCUAUGCCUCACAACCAGCACGACGAUGCCAUCUGGUGUCUAGGCCGUCAGUACGACUCGCACCCCACCUCUUCCGAUCCCGACUCGACACAACCUCAGACACCUCCUGCCGCUUCCAUACCCGCUCCAUCAGCUACAUCCGACUCUAUCCCCCCGGACUCGGCAGCAACACCACAGAAGGAAGAUGAGUUCGAGAAAGUACAGGUCCAGGAAGCGACCAACGACAACGGCUGGCCACCUGCCUUCCUCGAUGACCUGGAAUCUCGCAUCUGGUUGACAUAUCGUACGAAUUUCUCCCAGAUCGCUGAAUCCACCGAUCCUACUGCCUCUGCCGGUUACUCGUGGAAAACCCACAUCACUCAACUCGUCAAACAGGGACGUGUCUUCACCGAUGAUGUAGGUUGGGGCUGCAUGAUCCGUAGUGGUCAGAGUCUACUGGCAAAUACACUGCAGAUUCUGGAAUUUGGAAGAGACUGGCGUAUAGGAGAGCCCUCGGACGCCGAGCGCAAGCUGCUGUCUCGAUUCGCAGAUGACCCCGAAGCACCCUUCUCCAUCCACCGUUUCGUCAAGCAUGGUGCCAACGCAUGCGGCACUCAGCCUGGACAUUGGUUCGGUCCUUCGGCCACUGCUCGCUGCAUUCAGGCCUUGGUAGACGAACACUCUCCUUCUGGGCUCCGAGUUUACGUCCGUCCUGAUGAUGCGAGUGUUUACCAGGACAGCUUCAUGCGCGUCGCUCGCGAUUCCGAUGGCUCUUUCCAUCCGACUCUGAUCCUGCUAGGUACCAUGCUCGGCCUCCAUGGUUUUAAUACCUUGUACAAAGAAGGCGUCAAGGCUGCUCUGCGUCUCCCUCAGAGUGUUGGCAUCGCUGGUGGCCGCACCAAAUCCUCGCACUACUUUAUCGGUACCCAAGCCGACCACCUCUUCUAUCUCGACCCACACGAGACACGUCCUCUCCUACCGUUGCCCCUUUCAGACGCCGACAUCGCCACCUGCCAUACACGUCGUCUUCGACUGAUAUCUUUCCAAGACGUCGACCCAUCCAUGCUACUCGGCUUUCUCAUCCGCGACGAAUCGGACUGGGAUGCUUGGAAAGCGGCUAUACAGUCUCCGCCGCCCACAGGCUUUAAGAGCAUCGUACACAUAUACGAUACAGAGCCCUCGCUCGGAGGCGAUGCCAGCACAGAAGCAGACUUUGAACGUGCUAUGGCCGACGUACAGAGUUGUGACGAAGAUGAAGGUGAGGCUAUCGUCUGAUGACAUGCAUAUCAACUGCUACGAUGACACGGGCGGCGUUUUUUCUUUGAGGCUUGUUUCUUUUUUCUCCUGGCAUUUCCUUGCAACCUUGUCUUGGAUCAACGCGUUUAUGGGAGGGAUUUCUUCGGGCACGACACGGAUAUGCAUCAAGCAUCCUGCGCUCUCCUACUUACCGGGCGCAGAGGAGUUAUCGGGUGGGCAACGAGUUUUUCAUGACGAACAGAUAUACCAAUUUGACAAUUUCUUUCUCGUUUCACGCGACGUGCUGGCGGUUGGUCGUGAUGCUCGUGCUUGAGGUGGCUGGGAGGUUAAGCGCGGCUCUCGGAUAUUGUCGGGUCCGGGUCUACGGCCAGGGUGAGACCCUAUACAAGCCUUUUUGAGGUCGACGACCAUGUUGCGACAGCACCACUAGCUAUUCUCCUUCUCUGAUACGCUUCGUAUAUCGAAAUAUAUA